AAAAAAUUUUAUUUGAGAGAUGAAAAAAAAGAAUAAAAAAUAUUGUUAAUUUUGUUUUUUCCAAUAAUUUUCAUCUAUAUUUGAAUUUAGUGCCAACUUCAUGCCGGUAACUGACAUAACCUCAUUCAUAAUAGAGAAACAGAAGAUGAAUUAAGAAAUAAAAGAUUUUGUGUGUAAAUAUUUAUAAUUAUUAUUUAUCAGAAUAUAAAAACACUCGACAAUGACAACAAUCAUCGAAUCGGGUUUUCAAUUAGUUGCAAGAGUCAAUGAUAAUUCAAAAAAACCUCUAGAUUUGGAUAAUCGACUUUUUCCCGAUGAAUUAGGAAAUAAACAAACUGUUGAAAUAAACGGCGAAUCAAAAUGUGGUAAAACACUUCUUUUAACAAAUUUAAUUGCAACAUGUAUUCUACCAAUUGAAUACAAAGGUUUUAACAUUAAUGUUCUACUUAUUGAAACAGAUGGAAAAUUUUCCCUAAAAAAAUUGAUAAAAAUAAUUAAAAAUUCAAUAAAAUUGUCAUUAAUUAAUAAAUCAAUUACAUUAAAUGAUAUUAAAUUACAAGAAAUUGUUGAAUUAUCAUUAAAAAAUUUACAUAUAAUUAAAUGUAAUAAUUCAUUACAAUUUCAAGCUAAUUUAUAUUUAUUGCCAAAAAUUUUUAAUGAUAAUAAUAAAAUUCGAUUAAUUGCCAUUGAUAAUAUAUCGGAAUAUUAUUGGAAUGAUCGUGAAAUUGAAAUUGAACAUUAUACAAUGAAUACACAUGUUAUAAAUAUAUUAAAAAAAAUUCAACAAGCAACAUUUUUACAUAAUGUUAAAACAAUUUAUAUAAAACAAAAUGAUAUUGAUGUAAAACAAAUGCGUACAUUUUCACAAAAUUUAAAUGAAAAUACAAUACUUGGAGAAGCAAAUUAUAAAAUUAAUCUUUCUAAAAAUUUAAAUUCAUCACAAGGAAUAUGUAAAGUUGAUUCAAUGAAAGGUUCUACAAUAAUUAAUUACGAAACAUGUGAUAUUGGAAUAAAGUGGUUAAAUUUUGAUUAGAAAAAAAUUUUUU